AAGUGCGCCUGGCGCCGCUCUGGGCGCCGCUCCUCUCUGGAUCCGGCAACGGGAUGCCGCGGCUGAGGCGGCGGGAUGGCGGAAGGCGGCGGGGCGUCUCCGCCGGACUCCGGCGGCCUCUUGCAGCAGAUCUUGAGCCUCCGCUUGAUCCCGCGGGUGGGCAACGCCACCAGCCCGGCCUGCGUCGCCGCGCUCUGCCACUUCACAGAGAUGUGGUAUGGAAUCUUCCUGUGGGCACUGGUAUCGUCUCUCUUCUUCCACAUUCCUGCAGGACUACUGGCUCUUUUCACUCUCCGGAGGCACCGAUACGGCCGGUUCAUGCCAGUCAGCAUCUUCCUGAUGGGCCUCGUUGGGCCGUUAGCUGCCGGGACCUUAACAAGUGCUGCGAUUGCUGGAGUCUACCGAGCUGCUGGGAAGAAGAUGAUCCCCUUUGAGGCUCUGACUUGGGGAGUGGGACAGACCUUCUGUGUGGUGAUCAUUUCCUUCUUACGGGUUUUGGCUACUCUUUAGCCCCCUUUACCGCCUCGGUCCCAGAAGGCCACCGGAGGAGUGUCGCUUGGGAAUCACGGAGGUUCAGAAGCGCGAGAAAUCACCACAAAGAUAGUUUUGUGCAAUACCUUUUGAAAGAAAAGAGAGCUUUGCAACAGCUUCGCUUCGCUUGAGGCCGACUUGUUUUGAGAAGAAACCUUGCGCUGGAUUGAGGGUCAAGGGGGUCUCCCCGAAGGACCUCCCCUCAUCUGAACCCCCCUCAGCCAAAGUCAAGAGAGUUGUGGGUCCUUCUGCGCAUCAUCCUCACCCCAGCACUGACUUGGCUGCUUUCAAUGUCCGCAUUGUGAUAUUAUUGCCUGGGGCUAAGAUGACCCACGAGGAAAUGUGAAAAUGUUCGCACUCCCCGCUGCUGGUGAACGAGUGUUCAGGCACUGGGUCUGAAAGGAAAAGUGGUUCUGUGUUUAUAAUUUGUGACAUUUUUGUAACCUGAAGUGCCAACUUGAGUGUUUCUGGGUUUGUUUGUUUUUUUAAAGUAUGGAUAUCUGGUUUAGGUUGGGGGAGUGAUGGCGAUUUGAAUCCCAGAGAACAAAAGAAUGGGCAAACUGUUCUCGGUGUUACCUGGGUGGGGUAACUCUGGUAACACUGCUGGGGAUGGGGCAAGAGGCUUCACCCCGAUGGUUGGAAGCCUUUCCUAGGGAAGAAUGGGAAGGGGAGGCAGCUGCAACAACCUGCCCGCCUCCGAUGGGAAGCGUUCGGUCGAGUCCAAGAAGGAAAACUCUUUACUGCUACCUCAAGCGCGCAGGAUGUAUUUAAAUUGUAAUUUUGCUGGCAGGUGGUUUACUGCAGGGGACAGAGGAGUGGAGGCAAGGAUUGGAAAUGCAGUUGGAAACCUGGGAUGCUCUCUCUUAAUUCGCAUCCGAUGGACUCACAGAGAAACCAUUGCAAACGUACAAGAGCAUCACCCUUUAUUGAAGGAAGGAAGGAAGUGGGCUGCACUUUCGGACAUUUUUGCCUAGGAAAUGCUCCGUUCCCUGCAGGCAAGAGGCUCAGAUUGUUUUGGGACCCUCACAAGUGCCUGGGCAACCUUGCCCUCCCUCCUGGGGACAGUCUUGCAACCCAUCAGUGCCCUUUCUCAGUGGCAGCCCUGCACGGCUGCCCAGGAGCUCACCAGUCUGCCUCACGGAGGCAGAUCCCAGUGUAUUUUCCCCUGACAGGAUUCAUUUGCAGGGAGGGCGGGAGGGCGGGGCCUUUAGCACUCAGGUGGUUAGACUUCCUCAUUGAUCAGGAAUUUGACCCUGUCCCCCCCUCUCUCUCGCUCCCUCCCCGUAAGGUCCUGUCUCUGCCCCCCCCCCACUCCUCCCCACUGAUUAUCAGGGUGUCUUCUGAAACCCGUUUUCCUCUCAGCUGGGUUAAUCCUUUUUUAAAAAAAGAAAAGUGCUCUGGGUCACAAGCAGGCCACCUGUAAGCAGGUUCCCCCACCCUCCGUUUUUAUCACUGUGAAGGAUUCCCUCAAUUGCCCCGUCAAAAAUGAGGCGUGUGCUUUUUCCCCCCCCCACUUUACGAAAGACGCACCUGCCAAAAAUGGGGUUUGUAUCUUAACAUAGGCUUAACCCACCUGAAAAGCACCCCCCCCGGGGGAAGGCUGCCUCUGCCCACAGGGGGUGGGGCUCUUCCUGCUUUGCUAUAGUCCCACUCAUUGUGUCCCCCCCUAAUUUAAGUGCAUCUUACGACUCUCGAAAGGUUGCCCAUCGCUACGUUUUAAGAGGUAAAAGGCUUCAAAUGUGUGAUUGUUCUCAUUUUUAAUGUAUUGAUCAUGAUGAAGCGGCCAGAAUCUCAGAAAACACUGUGAUCAUUUCGAACGGCUGUCGCUUUCGAGGCGUUCUGGAACUGGUUUGAAUGGGAUCCCUCCAGCAUGAUCUUCUUUCCCCCGGCAAAUUGCUCUCUUCGCUCUCUCGUACUUUAUACUUUCGCAUUAGUUUUGCCCGGCCUCUCUAACUUGAUGCUUGAGGAGGUAGAAAUGUUCUUUCCCCCCCCAGCCUCCUGAAUUCACUUGAUUGUUUGCACUCGGCGGGUUUAGCGAGCACAAAAGGAUCAACCAAGUCAGAAAGAAUUAAAUCCGCAAUCUCCUUAUUACCCAGCAGCAGGGAGCUUGGUGAAACUUGAAAAAAAAAGACAACCAAAUUUCUUACUCGUCCGAAUUUAAGAACAGGACUGGCUGUUUUGUUCACUGCCUUUACCAAAUAUGUACAUUCGCAACCAUGAACACGUUGACUUGCAACGGAAAGUGGAGGAGGGUCACCCCACCUUCCUGCAGGGGUUUGUUAGGAGCCCCCCACAAACUGGGUUGAAAGGAGGGGCUGAUGGGACUCCUUCCUUGCUGCCGAUUCUUCCUUUGCAAACCUGCCAGAGUGCACCUGUCUUCUUGUCAGCAAAAGCCCACUGUGUUUGCAUGCCCCUGACCCCCGCAGCAAAUGCAAACCAAUCUUUGUACAGAGGGAGACUUAAACCUCCCAAUACCGGUUUUUAUUUUUCUAUUGACAUUUCUGAUUCUAGCAUUGGUAUUUUAGCUAAUAAAAUCCCAGCUAAGUCUUGUGAACAA